CAAGAUCCCGCCAGAGGCAUUGUUAGUGCUGCUUAAAGAAGAUAAUGCUGAACUGCGAGUGAAUGACAAGGAAAGGAUAAAUGGAACAGAACACAAGAACAAUUUUAAGGAAAAGCCCGAUAGUAAUGGGAGCAGAGAAUGGAGCAUUGGUCAGAGUCCGCAGCCAUCACUUGGAGUAUCUCUAUUAUGUUAUCCUACAGAGAACCUGCAGCACUCUGUUCAAACUCUGAAGGGCUCCGACAAGCAUCCUGUUAUAUCUGUAGCACAGCUUCAUCCAGGAUACACCUGCAGCAUGAACUCUGAAUGUGACCCACGUUCUAUAGUACACCAAAGUCCAUUAGUACGCCGGAGAGCUCACAAAGAAAAGAAACCAUAUAAAUGUCCUGAAUGCAAUAAGUGUUUCAAUCAAAGGGGGUAUCUAGUAAUACAUGAAAGGAUUCACACGGGAGAGAGACCAUAUAAAUGUCCUGAAUGCAAUAAGUGUUUCAGACUAAGACGUAACCUAGUAAUACAUGAAAGGACUCACACGGGGGAGAGACCAUAUAAAUGCCCUGAAUGCAGCAAGUGUUUCAAACAAUGCAGUCAUCUAAUAGAACACAAAAGGACUCACACGAGGGAGAGACCAUAUAAAUGUCCUGAAUGCAAUAAGUGUUUCAGUGGAAGAAGUGCUGCAGUACAACACAAAAGGACUCAUAUGGAGGAGAGACCAUACAAAUGUCAUGAAUGCAGCAAGUGUUUCAAACAAUGCAGUAAUCUAAUAAAACACACAAGGACUCACACGGGGGAGCGGCCAUAUAAAUGUGCUGAAUGCAAUAAGUGUUUCAGUGAAAGGAGUGCUGCAGUACAACACGAAAAGACUCAUACAGUGGAGAGACCAUAUAAAUGUCCUGCAUGCAGCAAGUGUUUCAGACUAAGACAUAGCCUAGUAAAACAUGAAAUGACUCACACGGGAGAGCGACCAUAUAAAUGUCCUGAAUGCAGUAAGUGUUUCAGACGAAGGAAUAAUCUAGUAAUACAUGAAAGAAUUCACACGGGGGAGAGACCAUAUAAAUGUCCUGAAUGCAAAAAGUGUUUCAGAGAAAGAAGAGUUCUAGUAAGCCAUGAAAGGACUCACACUGGGGAGCGACCAUAUAAAUGUCCUGAAUGCAGCAAGUGUUUCAAACAAUGGAGUCAUCUAAUAGUCCACAAAAGGACUCACACGGGGGAGAGACCAUAUAAAUGUCUUGAAUGCAGUAAGUGUUUCAGAGAAAAAAGAGCUCUAGUAAGCCAUGAAAGGACUCACACGGGGGCGCAUGUAAUACAAAUUAUAUAAAACAAAUGAACACAGUAAUUAGGACUGUCCAUAGAGACCCAUGCAAUAUAAUAGAAGUAAACAGGAUAUGUUACUGUGCAGCUAAAUUAAUAACUGAU